GUGUGCCAAGGACAGCACGGAGUCACCGCUGCCACCGGCGGUAUUCGCCACGAAUAGGCAAGCGGCUACCCGCGUGCGUCCGUGUGUGAGGGGAGCAGUUGCGUGCCCGCCUGGCCCUCCGCCAGAUUCCCGGUGACCGCUCACGCGUGCCCGCCCCUGGCACUGUCUGCGACUGCACGUGGCCCGCACGUGGUCCGACUACUCCAUCGCACUGGCUGGCCACCUGUCAGGAUGCAGACGGUAUCGUUUGCUGCACGUGCCAGGACGAACGCUUUGCGUGUCGCUGAAUGCGCCUUGACCCAUGGUUGUCUCGCAACGCACGCGACACCUGCAGGACGCGUAAUGUGCUGCUGUCUUGUGGCGUAACCUCAGCUUCGCCAGAGUUCAAAGCAGUAUAAAAGGCACCCGAUACAGCGGUCCGACAUCACAGUCUUCCAGGCUUCCACGUACAGCAAGCCCAACGGCAGACAUGAAGGUGCUCGCUUUCCUGGUGGCGGUGUCGUUGGCGGCGAUGGCGGCAGGGGAGGCGCCCUCCAACAGCUACGGCGCUCCCUUCGGCCAGCCUCAACCUCAGGCCCAGUUCCAGCGCCAGCAGGCGCAGCCCAAACUCAAAGCUCAGCCUAAGGCUCAACCCAAACCUCAGCCACAGCCUCAACAGCAGCCUCAGGCGUUCGCCCAGUCGCAGGCGCAGCCUGCCUUCUCCGCACCCCUGUCUUUGUCGCCACUGUACGCAGCGGGCUCCCCCCAGUUCGGCAGACAGUUCUUCAUCCCGGCACCAGAACCCUCUCGCCUGUCUGAGCUGUACCGCCUGCCCAACGAGUAUGGUCCCCCACCAGCCACGUUCACCACCACCACUGAGGCCGCCACCACCACAACUGAGGUUCCCACCACUACGGAACAAGCUAACUUCGGCUUCGCCGGCGGCCGCAACGCGCCGCUACGUGAGGCAGAGGAGAGCGGCGUGUACUACGUGCUGCAGCCGGACGGCCGCCUGCACCGCAUAGCCUACAGCCACGGGCCCGCCCCUGCAGCAGCCGCCCCCACCUCCGAGAAGCAGCGCGCCGACUCCAGCGAGCUGUCUGCCCUGCAGCAGCCAGCGCUCGCUCCCGGCUACCUGGCGCGCUUCCAGUACCAGGAGGUGCAACCAGCUGGGGCACCAAUCUACACCUACGGCCAACCCGAACUAGUACGUGUUAACUAAGCCCCCCGCGGAUCCCUCCUACAGCUAAUACUCAAAGCCAUCAACAAGAGGCUAUCUCCCAGUUCUUUUUAUCUCAAACCGGUCUCCAUGAUAGAUUUUUGUGCAGUGUCUAUUCCAGGGAAGCGUUUCGGUGUCUGUUAUCAGCACAGUUUGUAUCCUAAAUGUAUAAUAGGGCAAUCCUAACCUAUAUAUUCCACAAAUUUAUCCUUCCAUUCAACACAUAUCCUUUCUGCAUGGCUUCCAAUAUAUUUUCCAAUUGUCGUAUUCAAGAAAUGAAUGCAUAAUGGUAAAUCACUCAUGUAUGAAGACAUAUGUAACUAAUCCUAUCACCAAAAAGAGAUAUCACUUUUCUGUACCACAUCGGUUGUGACAACUCUUACACAUAUAGAGAAACAGAUUACCAACCAUAAACUACACUUGUCGCAUCUCAAAUGAGACUAAUGUGGCAAACUUUCUUGAUAUUUUUAUCAGUUGACAUGCUAGUGUCAAGUGAAGAGAACUGAUCUUUUACAAGUCACUUUGCGUUUUUAAUUUGUAACAGAUGAGACUGAGUCCCAGCUUUUAUGAUAUUACCACUGCUUUUAUAUUUUGCUCCUGUUCUUGUUGCUGAAGGUGUUUUGUGUUACAAAUCUUGAUAGACUGUGACAGUGUGUAGUACAUGUAAUUGAAACAUUUGUUGUGAAUAUGUUGUACCUCCUUGUUAGUUACUGAUGUUAUGUUGUGUACAUAUCAAUAAAAAAUUUGAUACAGUUGAUGAAA